AUGAAGUGUAUCAGAUGGAACACAUAUAAAGACUUCGAAGGCAUUCUCAUGGCACUAGAUGCGGACGUCAUCUGCUUUCAAGAACUGAAGUCAUGUCGCGCGAACACGGAACGCAAUGUUGCCGUGCCAGGCUUGUAUGACGCGUUUUUGUCCUACCCCGUCAGCAAAGGCGGGUACAGCGGCGUAGGCGUAUUCACCAAUUCCGAAAACGCCAUGCCACUGAAAGCGGAGGAAGGUCUUUCUGGGACUCUGCCAGGGAACACUCAGCUUGCUCCGGAAGAUCGCAUCUCUGCCUCCAAGCCAUCCGCGGACGAUAUGACGCUCUACCCGGAUGAAGAAGGAAACACUCCUUCUGACCUUAUCGGGCUUGACUCCGAGGGACGCGCCUUGAUGGUUGAUUUCGGCCUUUUCGUGUUGAUCAACGUGUAUUGCCCCAACGAGACUUCCGAUGCACGACUCCCCUUCAAAAUGAAUUACCACCUCAUGCUGGAGGAACGCGUGCGCGAGCUUGUCGGAGAAGGACGGGAAGUCAUGGUGGUGGGCGACAUGAACAUUUGCGCGACACCGCUCGACCACUGCGACGGACACCUUCCUAGCAACGCCGCCACGUUCUGGGACCAUCCUGCUCGGGCAUGGUUCCAUAACUGGCUUGAUCCCAACGGACUCAUGAUCGACGUCUUGAGGCGCUUCUGGCCGGAGCGCAAAGGGAUGUAUACGGUCUGGAAUCAGAAGAUUGGCGGGCGAGAGACCAACUACGGGACACGGGUUGAUUAUAUCCUCGUGACACCAGGUCUUCUCCCCUGGGUGAAAGCGGCAGAUAUAGAGGCGUCCGUCAAGGGCUCGGAUCAUUGUCCAAUAUGGGUGGAUCUCCAUGACAUCUUGCCCGGCCAGGACAUCAAGUUGCGCGAUAGUCUGAAGAUGAAUCAAUUCAGGGUCACACCCCGCCUCGCAGCCAAAUACUGGCCAGAGUUUUCAGGCAAGCAAACGUUGUUGUCGUCUUUCUUUGGCAAAGGCGGAAAAGCCCUCCCUCCUUCAACAAGUGUAACAUUAUCUUCCGUGUCUCCUAACUCUCAGCCAGCCCCACCGCCGCUUCCACCUGCAACCGCAACGCCUGUUCCCACACCGGUUAGCACGCCGGUGGAACCUCCAGCGGCUCCUGUCCCGAAGGAGAUCAUCGCAGCACCAACUCUCUCUACACCGCCAACAAGCUACCCGGUUGCGUCUUUGCCUCCUACAUCCACACCCCCGAGCCCGUCCCAACACGUAGCUAAAUCGAACCCACCUUCGUCUACAAAGAGAAAAUCGAUUGAGAGCGUGUCUGCUACCACCAAGAAGGCGAAGAAACAACAGAAAGCUGGGCAAAGCAAGCUAUCGACUUUCUUCACGAAACCUCCGACUUCCUCUCCGCCGGCGAGUUCUCCUAGGUCCGCUGCGGAGAGUAAGGCUGCUUGGUCUCAGAUGUUUGCUCCAAUUCCUGUGCCCAGAUGCACUGUCCACAACGAGUUGGCGAAGGAGUGGACCGUGAACAAACCUGGGCCGAACAAGGGUAAAACGUUCUACCUGUGUUCAAGACCUGUCGGACCUGGCUACGAUAAGGGAAGAGGGGAGCGCCUACGUGAAGAGGUGAAUCCCGAGUACAGAUGCAAUUUUUUCAAAUGGGCGAGCGAGGUAAAAAGGGAAGCGUCGCGUCAAGCAGCGCAAUAA